GGCAGCUUCAUCAGGAUGAGCCUCCCGGCCCCACGCAGACUCCUGGAACUGGCCUGUCAGGGCCUGCUGAAGGAUGAGGCCUCGGCCAUCGCUGCUUUGGAGUCGCUGCCCAUGGAGCUCUUCCCACCACUGUUUGUGGCGGCCUUUACCGGGAAGCACACCAAGGUCCUGAAGAUGAUGGUGCAGGCCUGGCCCUUCCCCUGCCUCCCUCUGGGGGCCCUGAUGAAGGAUCGGCAGCCCGACCACGAGAUUUUCCAGGCUGCGCUCGAUGGGCUCGAUGCCCUGCUUGCCCAGGCGACUCGCCCCAGGAGAUGGAAACUGCAGCUGCUGAACUUACAGAAGAAAGUUCAUCAGGAGUUCUGGACCGUGUGGUCUGGAACCAGAACCGACGUGUGCUCACUGUUGGAGCCUGAGGCCGCCCAGCCCAUGAGGAAGAGAGGGAAAGCGGACAGGUCAAGGGCGGGGCCAAAUCCACCGUUGGCCCCCGUGCAGGUGUUCGUAGACCUUUGCCUCAAGGAAGGAAUCCCUGACGAGUCCCUCAGCUACCUCAUUAAGAAAGUCACCGAGAGGAGAGGCUCGCUGCACCUGUGCUGUAAGAAGCUGAAGAUUCUUGCGGUGUCGAAGCAGAACAUGAACAUCCUCAACAUGGUGCAGCUCGACUCCGUCCAGGAUUUGGAACUAAACUGCACCUGGAAGCUGUCAACUCUGAAGAAGUUCGUGCCGUACCUGGGCCAGAUGGGCAGCCUGCGCCGGUUCCUCCUCUCCCACAUCCUCACGUCCUCUCGCACCACCAUGGAGCAGGAGGAGCUGUGCGUGGGCCAGGUCACCUCUCAGUUCCUCAGCCUGCCCUGCCUCCAGGAGCUCUGUUUGGACUCUGUCUCCUUCCUCAAAGGCCGCCUGGACCAGAUCCUCAGGUCCCUGAAGAGCCCCUUGAAGACCCUGUCCAUCACUAACUGCCUGUUUUUAGAAAGAGACUUGAGACAUCUGUCCCGGCACCUGAACGUCAGUCAGCUGAAAGGCCUGAGUUUCAGCGGCCUCAACCUGACCAAUAUCACUUCGGGGCCACUCCAACUUCUGAUAGAAAAAGCCUCGCCCACCCUCCAGAACCUGGACUUGGAUGAGUGUGGGAUCAUGGACCCCCAGUUCAUGGACAUCCUGCCUGCCCUGAGCCACUGCUCCCAGCUCAUGACCUUAAGCUUCUGUGAAAACCCCAUCUCUAUGACGGUCCUGGAGGACCUGCUGCGCCACACCGUCGGGCUGAGCAAGCUGACCCGCGUGCUGUAUGCUGCCCCCCUGGAGAGUUACGAGGAGACCAGUGGCACCCUCCACCUGGGCAAGCUUGCCCAGGUGCAUGCUGUGCUGAAGCAAAUGCUGCAGAAGCUGGGGCGGCCCGACAUGGUCUGGCUCUGUGCUAGCCCCUGUCCUCGCUGUGGCGAUAGAACCUUCUAUGACCCAAACCCCAUUCUGUGUCCCUGUUAUGUGUCUAUCUAG